UAGAAUGAUAUAUUUUUAACUGUGAUCGCAAACGGUGAAUGGUAGUAUGUGUGAAAAAUUUAUUAAUGCAUCUAUUUACAGCUCACUUUAAAAAAAAAUAACAAAAGUAUUAGUACCUUUCUGUCAGAAAAAACGUGUCAUUUUGGGGGGGUUGGGCAUGGUGCAGCUCCUGCAAUGUACCUCAUAGUAGAGUUUGUUGGGGAGGAGCAGACCGGACCAGUGGCAAAAUCUUGGUAUGAGGAUGGCUUCUCCUGGUGGCCUCCCUACAAAGACGAAAACCGACUCUUGAAAAGUUUCAGGAAAUCAGAGGUCCCACAGCCUGAUAAAGGGUGGAGCAAGCACAGCGUGCGAAUACUUUAUGAAUCAGAGUCGUUUGACAACAUUGUUGCCAACUGGAAAAAGUCAUGCUACACAUCAGAUCUUAACUCAGAAACUGAGUUAAGAAACUCCAGCACAGAAACUCUGGGAAAGAGAGUCAGGAAAAAGAAAAUAUACUCUUCCUCUGAACAAGAAGAAGAACCACAACCUGCCAAAGUAAAAAAACUUGCAAAUGCACCAAGGCCCCCAGCCCCACCACAAAGACAGAAACAUGGUUCAAAAAAUAACGCACUAACCAGCACCUUUCAGCCUGGAAGAGCAGAGCAGGAGUGGUGUAACAACCUGUCAGAUAGUCAAGCACCUACCAUGCAACAAGAUGCAUCAAGGUGGCCUAUGUCCAACCAGUGUACAUGGGCAGAUGCUUCUCAUGGGACAGCACAAGGCCAGGGUGUUCUACCUCAUGUCAGUGCAUAUACCAUGCAACAAGAGCCAUCAAGGUGGCCCAUUUCUGACCAGUGUACAGGACAAGGCCAGGGGGUUCUACCUCAUGUCAAUGCAACGAGAUCCAUCAAGGUGGCCCAUGUCCAACCAGUGUACAUGGGCAGAUGCUUCUCAAGGGACAGGACAAGGCCAGGGCGUCCUACCUCAUGUCAACGCACCCACCAUACAGCAGGGACUGUCAAGGCGGUUCAUACCCAAUCAGUGCGCACCUGUAGACAGAACUGUCCUGGAGGCACUGAGAGAGAUGGACCUGAAGAUAAAUUACCUGACAUCUCUUGUAGAAUCUCUUGUGGGUGGUCGUCGAAUUUUGCCCCCACAACAGCAAGAUGAUGAAGACUUGAAUGUCAUCCCUCUGGAUUCAGUAGAAGCCCUAGAAAAUUUAGAAGAAAGGCUUCUGAGCAACGGACUGAAGCAA